UUUUCUGUAAAUAAAUAGUUAAAGCUGUUAGUUUCUGCAUCUUGAAACGAUGGUCAGGUUGUAGUAGGUAGUUAGCCGGAUAAAGUGUUCAACUAGUUUAGCCAACUGUUUAGUAACUGAAACUACUACCUAUGUGUCAGAUACUGAAUCAGGUACCUGUUUAGUUACUGCACAACAAAGAAAUGGCGGAAUCUAUCUGGAGACUGAAGAUGCUUAAAUUCGGGUGGCAGGCUCUGAGAUCCAGCAGAGCAGCCACUCACACACGCCGCUACAGCAGUGUAAGUUCAUGUGGACACAAAUCCUUUGGUUUGCUUUUUGACAUUGAUGGGGUCCUGGUCCGUGGAAGAACCCCUAUUCCAGCAGCCAAGAAAUGCUUUAGAAAUCUGGUGGAUGGAAAUGGAAACUAUAAAGUCCCGGUGGUGUUUGUUACCAAUGCAGGGAACUCAGUCCGGCAAACCAAAGCAGAGCAGCUAUCUCAUCUUCUAGAAGUAGAGGUGUCACCAGAUCAGGUCAUGUUGUCCCACAGUCCCUUACGAGUCUUUAGUCAGUUCCAUGAGAAGCGAGUGCUUGUGUCCGGACAGGGGCCGGUUGUGGAAGUUGCACACAAUUUGGGCUUUCAGAAUGUUGUCACUAUUGAUAUGCUACGAGAGGCAUACCCUCUACUGGAUGUGGUGGAUCACAAUCGCAGACCCAAAGAUGUGGUUCCUCCAUCUAAAGACCUUCAACCAAUUGAAGCUGUCGUUCUGUUUGGGGAGCCAGUCAGGUGGGAGACUAAUCUUCAGCUGAUUACGGAUGUUCUCUUGACCAAUGGGAAGCCAGGAAAUCCGGUGACAUCACUGCAUUACCCACAUAUUCCAGUUAUGGCGUGCAACAUGGACCUGUUGUGGAUGGCAGAGGCAAAGAAUCCACGAUUCGGUCAUGGAAUGUUUCUGGUGUGUUUGGAGAGCAUCUAUAAGAAGAUCACAGGUUGUGACCUGCAGUAUGAGGCCCUGAUUGGGAAGCCCAGUGUGGUGACCUACAACUACGCAGAGUUACUGAUCAGACAGCAUGCAGAAAACCUGGGCUGGACAGAACCUGUCCAAAGACUUUAUGCCAUUGGGGAUAACCCUAUGGCAGACAUCUAUGGUGCAAACCUCUACAAUCGCUACUUGCAGUCAAUGCACCAUGCCAGAACUCAGGUACAGGCACAAGGUGGAUCAGUCAGCCACGUAGCAGGUGAUUUCCACUAUGAAACAGUUGAUGAUGCAAAAAAUUCAGGCAAGGUGAUGGUCGGAGGCUCGUAUGAGCACCGUCUACCUGAGAGCUGCAGCUCCAUCCUGGUGUGCACAGGCGUCUAUAACCGAGAGCAGGAGCUCUCACCUGAGCAAACAGUCACAGAGCAGCGCAUCUUCCAUGGUCACCGGGAUUUCCGCUUCGAUCCGGUCCUGACCCAGCCUUCUUUUGUAGUUCAGGAUGUGCUCGAGGCAGUGGAGCUUGUCUUCCAGCUAGAGGGAUCAAGUCUGGAAUAAACCAGAAGCUUCUCAGGCUCCCAACAAAUACAUUCAGACAACUAAACAACAAAGCUGAAGAUCUCAUACACUGGGUACAUGGCACAUAAAGAAUUGCAGUGCUCCUCCAGAUGAAGUACAGUAUACUGUACUUUAAUGUAUCUUACAUUGACUGCCUGACAUUGUAGCUACAAGAUUAAAUAAUAAUGUGCUAAUUUUUCAGGAUUUGUAGCAAUUACAUAAAAAAUUGAACUUUUUAUUAAUAAUAUAUUAAUUAAGCCAUAUUUUAGUUGAAGCAGUUGUUCUUAUAGUGUGUUUUAAAUUAAGUGCCAUGUUUACUAUACUAUUUUAAGUAAAGGCAUUUUUACCAUAUAGCAUUGUAACAUUUCCCCUAUGAAUCAUUGUUUUAUUUUUGGAUGUGAAAUCUCAGUUAUUUUUUGGUUUAAAAAAUGCCCUUUUUUCAUGUGUUGUUUAAAAAUCUACAAGCUGUCUGGGUUUUAUGCAAAUAAAUAUAAUAAUGCACUUAA